AUAGCAGCCAUACUGGGAGUCUGUCCCAAUCCGGAUAGACAUUUUCAUAUCUCCGGUAGCCGUAUCUCGUAAAGGCUCUGUCUAAUCCUCUACCUGUUACUUCCUGGAUUUCUUCAUGGCUCUAAUUAAGACUAAAUAACCGACAAGACUACAUAACUGACACCAAGCCUCUCAGAGCGAUGACGCCGCCUUCCUGCACGGCUGAGCAGCCGCUGUCCGCUGGUGACCCCUGCUCUGAGGAGUGGUCCUCAUCCCGCGACCCGAGGUCAGAGGUCGCGCAGGAGUCGGACCGGGCUCACCUGUGGGUGUUUGGGUACGGCUCGCUGUGCUGGAAGCCCGGCUUUUCGUACCGGGAGCGCCGGAUUGGCCGUGUGGAGGGAUUCAGCCGGAGGUUCUGGCAGGGCAGCGUCACCCACCGCGGGACACCCCAGCAGCCGGGCCGAGUCGCGACUCUGGUGGAACACAGUCAGGGCACCACGUGGGGCUGCGCGUUCCUGGUGACGGACCGGGCAGCGCUGCGCUACCUGGAUGGCCGAGAGGUGGUGCUGGGCGGCUACCAGACGCGGCGUGUGGCGUUCGUGCCCCGCGAGCCGGGCCGGCCGCCGUUCGCCGUCACCAUCUACUUGGCCACGGAGCGGAACCCGCUGUGGCUGGGGGAGGCGCCGCUGGCCCGACUGGCCGCCCAGGUGGCCGCCGCCAGAGGCAGGUGCGGCCCCAACGCCGACUACGUGCUCCAGCUGGUCAGAUUCAUGAAACGAAACAUACCUGAAGAGUGUGAUCAACACCUGUUCGACCUGGCUACUUCUGGUGAGGCCGCUGUAGGCGGCUGUACCUCACCAGCUGCAGCUGGCGCCAUCUGCCGUCCUACGGUACCGACACCUCACCAGUCCCAGGUGGCACCGUCUGCUCAGCCCUCAGUGGCGCCCCCUCGCGCUAAGCCUGCAACUGCCGGGUGUCGCCGCCGCUGUGGCCAGGAGGGUCCCGAGGAUGCCGGAGCGCGGGAGACCGCUCAGGAGCCGCCGGGCCGCUGCCGCUAG